CCCAUCACUAGUCUGUCGUGAGUGGAUCGCGCGGGCGGCGAGCUGUACUGGCCGGGCGGCCGGCAUCACUUCCGAACGAACGAACUAUCCCACUCGUGUGCCGUGUUUACGAAACCCUGCACUAUCCUGUACAACCCUAUUCAGAAAAAAAUAUUACAACAAAACUUUUGGUUAUAAUAGUGCUGUGCUGACCGAUUUUGGAUUUUUUUAAUUAGGGAACGAGAACGUUGUAUGGACUGCUGACUGCAUCGCAAAUCGAAUAAAAUGGCUGAAAACGGGUACGGUCCAGGCGGGCACAUCGGCAGAAUUCCCAACUUCGGAAAAACGCAUGUCAACCCAAUGGGUGCCGUCGAGCCACCAGCAUGCAUUCAGAAUGCGAUGAUGACAAAGGACAAAAAACCCUUCACAUACACACCAGGUGGCCUUGACCUGUCUCAGAUUCGCACGCCGAGUAUGGCGAGACGACUGGCAAGACAGCGAUCAUACGAAGACCAUCAAGAUCAGCAGUAUGCUCAGCAGCAGCAACAGCAACAGCAGCAGCAGCCCACAAAUGGCGGCUACCAUCCACAAGGGGGGCCAGCUCCCCCACCGCCUCCACCACCCAAAAUGCCUGUUCCACCCCCACCACCACCGAUCGUUAUUCAAGCUCCAAAUUCAAAAUCUCCAAAACCUAUUGCACCCGGUGAACGCCCCGAAAUUGUAAUCCCCGAAAAUCCGAUAGGAAUGUUACGAAAAACGAAUAGCCCUUACCACUGGGAAGCUGAAAAGGCUGAACUACAAAAGUUGGGUAACACGCCCAAGUAUGUAGAAAAAGUCCCAAGCCCUCUGACGGUGAAAAUGCCACCUUCUACAUUUAGUCAGCAACAGCCACAUACUUACACACCGCCUUCACAUAAUAACUACCAACGUGGUUAUGGUAAUCAGCGUAAUCCUGAGAGUCCCAUUUAUAAACCUGAAGCACAAUAUGCUCACCAGCAGUCUUCUUCUCCGCAAGGCUCGCCACCGACGAGAGAAGUAUUACAAAGACAGGAUUCUCAGUUUAAUAAGAGUCCUCAACCAUAUGCUGGUGUACCUUCCUCAAACAGUUCUCCAUUUUCACCUAGUCCAAACAACAACUGGCGCCAACCAGAGAAAAGGGAUUCUCCAGCAAAUACAAAUAGUCCACAGUCCGCACAUUCAAAUCGUAGUCCGUUUUCACCAAACACACAACAAUACUCACCAAACAAUCAGCAGUAUUCUCCUAACAUCCAAAAUCAAAGUCCGCCGUCUAACUCAAGUUCUGUCUUCCACACCUUACCUAGAGUCGGACAGAGAAACGCGGAACCACAAAGUAACAAUGUGAUGUAUAACAACACGAAACCGAGCUCACAAAACGAGACGAAUGCUGCUCCUUGGAGGACAGCUACUCUAAACAGACAUCCAAGAGAGCAAGAGCAUCAGCCACCAGUCUAUAAUAAUGUGAAUUCUAAUCAAGAACAGUAUAUUCCUCCUUGGAAAGUUAAUCAGAACAAUAAUGCGAACGCAAACAACGAGAACGCUUACGUUCCUCCAUGGAAACAGGAAAAUAAGCCACAGCAGCAGUACACUCCUCCUUGGGUAAACAACAAUUCUCAGGACUGCAACAACAAUCGGGUUCAGGAGAAUAACUCUGCACCUUGGAGGAGUCAUGAGGCACCUUCACCACCUAAGCAACAGGAGCAACCUCGUUACCAAUCGACAAUGUCUAUCCCUGUUACACCUAGAAAACAAAACCAACAGCAUGAAUACAAUAAUGCUCCACAAAAAGAGGUAGUAUACGUAAACGAGGAACCAGUUUACUUCUGUCCUGAAAGUCCAAAGUCUAUCCCUCCUUGGGUAAAAACACAGAAGGAAAAGACAAAGACUCCUCCUCCAACUUGGGUGCAAAGACCACUGGAAGGCAGGAAGAGUCUAUCUAGGGAAUUAAACACACCUCCACGGGAAACGAACCAGGAGCCGGAAUGGGUUAGAAAAAGUAAUGAAAUGCAAAGAGGUGCUCGUGAGGUGAUCAGCCCUCCCAAAUACCAGCAACCAGUACAACCUUCAUGGUCAACGCGACCUUCAGAAAACCGUAAGAGUUUGCCAAGGGAUAAUGGGCCUGGUUCUCCAGGAACAAGAGUCAUUCCUAUCCAAAUGGAAGUGUCGACGACGGAGACUAGGGAUUCUAGACAGGGUGGUCAUCCACAACCCGGUCUGAGGAUUACGAUUGGUAUGAAUCCGAAUCCAGACCAAGCUCGUGCACCAUUCUCACCACCUACUCAGCGCAUUAUGAGGGUUUUGUCACCUCAACUGGUGAGAUUAGAAGAUUCAGUUCAGCAGCCAGACCUGCCGACCUUGAACAGAACUUUCCAGGACAGUCAGCCUAAGACUAGAAUAAUACCAAUUCAAAUUGAAGGUGGAAAUGGAGGGGCGAACAAGAGCUUCGGUGGGCGGUAUUAAAGGAGCUACUGGUUCAAUUGUAUACUACCAUAAAUUCACACAAGAAGGGCGCCCGCGACAGUCAAAGGCAUUCAGGGUAUUGCAAAUCAUCACAGGCACCGAGGAUUUGGACAAUAUUCAAGAAAUCGAAAAGCAUCAUGGAUUUACCGAUUUAUAAUUAAUAUGUAAAUAUAUAUAUACACUAAAUUACGAUUAAAUACACAUUAGUAAUUACAAAUGUAAUAAGAAAUCGCACGAGAACACUUUAAAUUUAAAUUAACACGAAAGUAUUUGAUUAAAUCGUAAAUUACCAAUUUGAUAUAAUAAUAAGGGAUUUUUAAUCUAAAUUAAUAAUAUUAUUGGUAGUAUUCGAAUUUAUAUUUUGUUUUAAGUUAAUUUAUUUUAUUUGGGGACUAAGUUCCUAUGUAUUUUUUAAUUAAGGCUUCGUAGUAAAUCAUGUUCUUUUAUUAGCUUGAAUUGAUUUUAAUUUUUUAUACUUAUAUUAAAAGUAAUAAGCCGUUAAAAUAGCAACAUAAAUUAUAUUUUCUUAAAUAAAGUUUAUAAUUGUAAUAAUACUUUUACAAAAUAUAUACAUAUUAAUAAUUGGAUUAACUGUAUUAUAUUUUAGUAUUUAAUUUAUACAUUAUACGAUUAAUUUAUACGCUCUGUAUAUAAAUCGAAUAUUAAUGGCGAUCCGAAGUAUUUAUUUCGGAAUUUUACUAAUGCUCAUGAACACAGCUAGCUUACCAAAGAAUUUUUAGAUGUAAUUAAUAAAUUAUUUUAAGUAAAAUGUAAUAUUAUUAUAUUAUUAUUAAAAUUAUAUAUAUUUAAUAGCUUUAGUUUUUAGAUAGGAAAUUAAAAAUUACCAAAUAUUUUCAGCAAUUAUAUUUUAUACAUAUAUUUAUUUAUGUUCUGUAACUAACUCUAUUAUAUUUAUUUAGACAAUAUAUUUUAUUUAUAUUUCCCAUAAAUUAACGGGUUGUCCCAGACUAGUAUUAACACUGUGUAUUUCAUAUAUUGACAUUAUUAUUUAUAUAUAUAAUGAUAUAGUUUUGGCCCUGAUUAAUGGAUUCAUUGACAUACUAACAAUUUGAAUGUGAACGAUUCGUAAUUUCAUAUGUGGUGGCAUUUCCGUGAUUCCCGUUAAAAAAAUGUUUUUGUGUAUUGUGAUUAACUAAAAGUUAUUGUUUUUGUUCUAUAGUGAUAUAACUGGUUCAAAAAUUAUAC